UUACGCUGUAGAAUCACCGGCGUCUCAAAACUGGCAGCAAGUACCCCUGCUAGCGCUACAGCCAUGUAUAAACUUGAGGAGUCGUGGCCUGAGGACACGUCACACUUCAAGGCGCAGGUCUUUUGCACUGACGUCUUGUCCUUCGGUGAUACAAGCGAAGUGUACGUCGCUCAGAGAGGUGACGUGAAGUCGAAGAUGCUGGUGUUCUCCGAAAGUGGCGCACUCUUGCGGAGCUGGGACACUAUGCAGAUCCACAUGCCCCACGGCACCAGGGUGCGAGUACCGGCCGGGCAGGGGCUAGCGGGGGCCGAGAUAUGGGUUACUGACGUGGGCAACGGUCCUCUGGGCUGCUGUCUGAAGAUGUUUGACCGCGAAGGAAACCUGAAGACGACGCUCGGGACACCAGGAGAGAAGGGGACGAGUCUGGACCCGCUGCAGUUCGACCAGGUCGGGGACGUGGCGUUUAACGAUGCAGGGGAGAUGUUUGUGGUGGACGGGGACGGCGGGAUGAACAACCGGCUCCUCAAACUUUCUACGGACUACCAGCUGCUGUGGAGUGUAGGCGGUGAGGGCGCCGCACCCGGGCAGUUCAGCAUACCUCACUGUGUGGAGGUGGACAGGUACGGACAGGUGUGGGUGGCGGACAGGAGGAACAGACGCAUCCAGGUGUUCAGCGGAGACACGGGAGACUACAUAGGGGAGUGGGCACUGGACGAGGAUGUCUAUACUGCCAGGUUCAGCGCAGACAGGUCCCACAUCCUCGCUCUCCAGAUGAAGGCUCGCCGGAUCGUCGUCAUCGCCGCUCCAAAAGAACCCGGUUGCCUAGGAGACUGCCAGGUGAUUGACAGUAUGCAAAUGAAGGAGGGCGCCCAACCGCACCUCUUGUCUGUCAGCCAAUCAACUGGGGCCAUUUACGUGGGGGACAUCGGCGGCAAUACGUGUUAUAAGUUCUUACCGUCGGUUUAAACUAGUCUCCACCAGACUUCUUUU